UGAGGGGCGUCACGUCCGCGCCAGGGGCGGGCGGUCCGCGCGGGGCUGGCGCGCGACGGCCGUUACCAACACCCCCCGCCCCCCCCCCCCCCCCCCCCACACCUCCUCAACGGUCGGCCCCGGGGCUGAGGAGAGGGAGCCGGGUGCGGGGCCCGCGGCCGCCCUGUGCCACGGGAGCGCGUCGUGGCGGGCGGGACGAGCCGCUUCUCUCCUCAGAGGCUUCAGGAAGGAGCGGGGCCCUGGGAGGGGCGGUGCGGGGGUCGGGCUUGCGGGCUGCCAGCGGGCCCCCAGGGCGUGGAGGGUUGUUUUUGGUGCUGCUGCUUUGCGGCGGUCCUCGGAGGCGGGGUCAGCUCCUUGGCUUUAUUUCUAACCGUCCUUGUGUCCUGACGGCUUUCUUGGUUGGUUGGGUUUUGUUUUGGUUUCCUCCCCGCCCCCCCCCCCCCCGGAAAUAACGUACAAAAAGCUUCUGAAUAAGUGUUUUUAAAAACCCUGCGGCCGUGAAAGUAGAAUAUACAGCAGUUUCGAUUGUCUGCAAACAGAAGUGAACUGAUACCCCCGGUAUUUAUAAUCUCAAACAAGAUGAAGAUCCCCUCUUUGCUUCUGAGAUUCCCUCAUUGUUAUUUCUCUAGAAGAAAUUACUUCAUGAACUUUCACUUCGCUUCCAGAGCAGAUCCAGUGCACCUCUAUCGUACAAAAUGGACAUGUUCGUGGAAGAGUUUGAGGAGAGAGCUGUGUCACCAGGUGGCCUCUGACCAGCAAAUAGAGGGACUUUCUGACAGAGAACAAAGACUUGUAGACAGACUUUACAAUGGACUAAUCCAGGGUCAUAGAGCCUGUUUAGCAGAAGCCAUUACACUUGUAGAAUCGACUCAGAGUAGGAAGAAGAAAAUAGCUCAGGUGCUCCUUCAGAAGGUAUUAUCCUACCACAGGGAACAAGAAAAGUUAAAUCAAGGAAAGCCACUUGCCUUUAGAGUGGGGUUGUCUGGUCCUCCUGGUGCUGGGAAAUCAACUUUCAUAGAAUGCUUUGGGAAAAUGCUUACAGAAAGAAAAUACAAAGUGUCUGUGUUGGCUGUAGACCCUUCCUCUAGUACAAGUGGUGGUUCUCUCUUGGGUGAUAAAACACGGAUGACUGAGUUGUCAAGAGACAUGAACGCAUACAUCAGACCAUCUCCAACCAGAGGGACGCUGGGUGGUGUAACAAGGACCACGAAUGAAGCCAUUCUGCUGUGUGAAGGAGGAGGCUAUGAUGUUGUUCUUGUGGAAACAGUAGGUGUGGGACAGUCAGAAUUUGCUGUGGCUGAUAUGGUUGAUAUGUUUAUAUUACUGCUACCACCUGCGGGUGGAGAUGAAUUACAGGGUAUCAAACGGGGUAUAAUUGAGAUGGCAGAUCUAGUUGCUAUAAAUAAAGCUGAUGGCGAUUUAGUUGUGCCUGCACGGAGAAUACAAGCUGAGUAUGUCAGUGCUAUGAAGCUGCUUCGCAAACGUUCAAAGGUUUGGAGACCAAAGGUAAUGCGCAUCUCUGCCAAAACUGGAGAAGGUAUCUCGGAUAUGUGGGAUAAAAUGAUGGAAUUUCGUGACCUCAUGCUCACAAGUGGCGAGUUGAUUGCCAAACGACGGAAACAGCAGAAAGUGUGGAUGUGGAAUCUCAUCCAAGAAAAUAUGUUGGAACAUUUCCGGAGUCACUUGGCAGUCAAGGAUAAGAUUCCACUUCUAGAAGAAAAAGUUCUGAGCGGUGUCUUGUCUCCUGGACUGGCAGCUGACCUGCUACUGAAAGCUUUCAAAGAUGCUUUAAAUAUUAACUGUAUUUUUACGGUACGUGGUAGAAGAAAUGACAGUCAGAUGGAAAAUUAAUUAAUGAGAGCAGCAGCAUUUUAACUGGUUCCUGUGUAAUAGAUGAUGCUGGUGUUUCACAGCUGGAAAAACAAGUGUGGUGAGAUCAAGUGAUUUACCCCGGACUCUGAAACAGGAGAGAAGUCGUCUGCAUUACUGGGCCUCUGAUGAGAAGAUUUGAGGUACUUGGCAGUCUUACUGUAGAAGCAGGAUAACUGAUUUGAGUUUGUUAUGACUCUGCAACUUGUUGCAACAAAUGGGCCACCCUCUGCAAGACUAGAGCAAGAGGAGACAAGGCACCUUCCCAGAAGAGUAACAAUCCAAAGUUUGCAGUUCCAGUGAAAUGCUGUCUGAGAAGUGCUGGGAAAAAAAAAAGGUAUGUAUGUGACUGAUAGAAAGUAGAGGUUUGAAAAGUAAAAUAGAGCAGAACUACAUGCAAACAACAGAGGAUACUACAGGAACUCAAAGUCUUUUUUCAUUGACUACAGCCUAAAUUGAAAAGAGUGUUGGUUUUGCGGGUUUUUGUUCAGAGUUGAGCCAUAUGUUGCGUUUUAAUCAUGGUUGAGGGGGAGGGAAAUGGAACAAUUAAAAAACAAAACAAAACAAAACCACCUCCUAGCAUGGAAUGGCCCCCCUCCCUACCCCCUCUCGUCUUAAAGUAGGGAAAUAGGCUGCAGGGGCUUUGCAAGGCUGCAAGGAAGUGCAGAGUAGCACUUUCUGCUCUUCACUGUACAGUUGUUGGGCAGCUUGU